AGCUGGGGCCUAAUUAAGAGGCGUGAGCUGGAGUUGUGGGGCGUUGGUGCAGGCAAGAUGAUGUGGUCAAAGCAAAAGUCUCCGCGCUUUGAAAAGGAGAAGCCUACGAACCCGAUUGGUCCUGGCUACUAUGAUCUUCCAAGCGUUCUGCACGAACAAUCCGUCACCAUCCCGGGAUCUGACAGAUUUCAGGAGCAGCCAAUGCCAGAGACGCCGGGCCCAGGAAGUUACGCACAGGGAACCAAGGCUUCGAAAGCAAAGCAGUGCAAGGAGAAUCGGCCGCCUUCUCGCGACAGAAACUCAAAGCAAAUCCAAAGCCCCAAGCAGGUGAAAGGAGACUUUCUUCAAACCAAGCUCGAAGAGGAGGAGCAUCUUCGCAGAGAAGCGGAAGGGCGCUUGUUGCAGCUGACCGAGUCGGCGCGACAAACUGCGGCAGAGUACGCUCAACUCCGCGGGGAGCAUUUUACGCUUGCGCAGACACAGGAGAAGAGCAAGAUUGUCAUUGCAGAUCUUCAAGCAGCCCUGACUGCCAUUGAAGAGAAGGUGCCCCAGCUGGAAUCACAGCUAGUAGACGCCGAGGCUGCCCGUGCAGCGGCUGCACAGCACAAGCAAGAGGCGGAAAGCCUCCGAGCAGAGGUGCCAGCUUUGCGGAAGCAGCUGGAAGACUCAGAGGCUGCGCAUGCCGCCGCUGCCAAGCAGCAUGCGGAAGAAGUGCAGAGGUUGCAGGGAGAGGUCUCCCAGGUACCAGAGUUGAAAAAGCAAUUGGCUGAAAUGGAGGCUAUGCGACGGGCUGCUGCUGUGCAGCAUGAAUGUGCAGAAGAGCGGCUUCAGACGGAAGUGGCUCAGGUCUCCGAAUUGCAGAAGCAGCUCCAAGAAGCCAAGGCCAGUACGGACGCCAUCAUGGCGGAGCAGGCCGAAGAGAUUUCGACGCUCCAGGCGACCGCAUCCAAGGUGCCUGGACUGGAGAAGAAUUUGUUUGACAUCGAGGCCGCCUUGGCAGCUGCUCGGGAGGAGAGCAGCCAAGUUGAGAGCCUUCAAGCAGAGGUGCCAGGUUUGCGGAAGCAGCUGGAAGACUCAGAGGCUGCGCAUGCCGCCGCUGCCAAGCAGCAUGCGGAAGAAGUGCAGAGGUUGCAGGGCGAGGUCUCCCAGGUGUCAGAACUACAGCAGCAGGUGAAAGACAUGGAGGCUGCAUUGGAAGCUGCUGCAAAAGAGCAGGAGCAAGAGUCAUGCAAAUCUCGAGCAGAAGCUUCUCAGGUGCACGAGUUGACGAAGAGGCUCGCUGAUCUCGAGGCUGCAGGCCAAAAGGCAGCUGAGCGGCACGAGCAAGACCUGCAGAAGCUGCGUGAGGAGGCCUCUUCCAGUGCCAUUGAGCAUGAAGGUGCCCUUGCAUCGCUGCAAGCAGAGGUUUCGCAGGUGCCGCUGUUGAAGGAGCGUCUCGCAGAAGCGGAGGCUACCAUCACCGUGCAGCGUCAAGCGGAGCUGCAGGCCCAGGCUGCAGAGGCGGAGUUGCACAAGAAGCUUGCAGACGCUGAGGCAAAGUGCCAGAGCGUUGAGUUGGAAGCCAAUGAAACCGAGGUGACUCAGCUUCAGGAACAGCUGGCUGCAGCUCGCGCAGAAAACUCUGCGUUAAUGUCCGACAAGGAUCAACUGAAGAAGGACCUGGAGAAGCUAAAGUUUGCCGAGAUCAAUGCGAAUAUGACGAAGAAUGCCAAGGAGCGCGCAGAAGCUCAAGUCCGAGACCUGAAAAUGGAUCUGGAACAGUGGCGCUCCAAGGCUCAAAGCUUUGUCCGAGAUGAAGACAAGAUGAAGCGGCAAGAGGAGGAUGUCGGCCGCCUUGAGCAGGAAGCCAAGGAUUUGCACCAGCAGAACGCGCAGCUUCUGGUGACCUUUCAGCAAUUCAAGACAGAGUGGGAUUUGAUGCGGGCUGAAAACCAGAGCCUGCAGGAGACGCUUGCCACAUACGAGAUGAACCUGGACCGAGCAACUGACCACAAUGCCCAGAUGAUGGGCCAUGUGAAUCCAAAGCAAAAGAUACGUCACAUGGUCAACUUGAAGGAGGAAAACAAGGAGUUGCGCGAGCAGCUGAAGAAGGCAAAGCAGCGCAUCACGCAGCUAGGAGUUUCGCGCAAGGGCGAAGGGCUGCUAGAAGCUCUCGCCUCCUUCUCGCAUCGUGGGCUUGGUGCUGAUCAGCUCUCCAUCCCAGCGAGCGCUUGCCCAGACACUCCAUGCCAGUCUGUUCAAGGAGAGUCUCGGACGCCGAAGCGUCCGUCAACGCCCAGCCGCAAAAUGUCCCCGCGGAGGGGCAGCCCAGAGGAGGAGUACCAAGUCUGGCUUGCCGAUGAAGAUCGGCGGCGGCAGUUGCAGGAUAGGGCCGUGGAACGCGUGCAGACCGACUUUCAGCACUUCAUCGCACUCAUAGAGCGGGCUGUGCUGUCGGGUGAGAUGUCCGGGGACUCGCCGAACCCAGCAGCAUUGCUGGAACGCCUUCGUUCAGUUGUCCACCCGGCCAUGCAGGGCGGGCGCGUUGCCUCCGGUACUCCUUGAAGAUUCAGAUGGUGACGGGGGAAGCGAUUCGUUUGGACGUUUGCGAAUCUCUGUGACAUCGCAUUUGCUUGUGCGUAAUUCAGUGCCAAUUAGAGCCGGGGCAGCUUCCAUGCCUGAUGGAAAAGUGAUGGAUGGUCUAUUCGCAAAGUUCGAGCUUCAGUGUGCAGUGGCGCGCAUUAGUUUGAUUCAG